AUGUCCUCAUCGAACGGGCACGGCGAAUCCAUACCCACAUCUUAUCAGGGAUCCAAUGAUUCAAACGGCACAAGCAUUUCAAACAGAUCGAACAGAUCUAAUGGAUCACAGGGAUCACAUGGAUCUCACGGAACCCAGAUAUCAAUAGGCGGAACCGUUAAUAGAGUGCAUAGCGUCAAGGCUUCUUCACGCCCAAGGGCCACUUCUAGUAUUUCAAGAAUAACAGCUGGUUCAGUCUAUGCUCAUUCAACCGAGAUGACUACAGGCACAUCAGUUGGAUCGCAGAGAAGCUUUUCGCGCAGAAAUUCCAUUGACUAUGAAACUGCUAGCUUGGAAGAGGUGAUUAGUGAACCCGGUCCAGAUUACAUCAAAUCAAAUCUCAAAUCAUAUAAUCAGCAACUUAUUGCAUAUUUGACUCGUGAGGGUCUAAACAUCAAUCCACUUAAGUUGGGGCAAACAAAGCUUAGUGGUAACCGAAGCCUACUCAAGUUCGGUUUGCGUGGUAAUACGCGUAACCCAAAUAUUGAUAUAUUCAUCACCAGCAAUGGCCAGAUAUUGUUUUUACCCUAUAAUCCCUACCACAGGAAGCGUCAGAGAAGACAUCAUCAUGACAACGAGAAUGACGACGAUGGUGCAACAAUGUACCCAGAGGAUUACGCUCAAGAUGAGGACGAAGAAGGCGACGGAGGGAUAAGCGAUAACGAUGAUGACGGUGUUAACAACGAUACUAAUAAUUUUGAUGGUGAUACUUCAUUAAAUGGCAAUUUGACAUAUACUGCCGAUAACAUUGGACCUCCUCUUUCCAGAGCGACUACGACGGCCACAGAGAGAGCUCAUGGCCAUCACCGUCAUAAUGUGACUUGUCAUACCUUUUGUGUUAUUGUGAAGUUGAGCAAGGACGAAACAAUGAGUCCUAUAUUAAGGGCAAAUUAUCACACUGAUGCCAAAACUAACUGGCUACAGGGAAUACCGAAAGACGGAAGGAAAAAUAUCUUCAAAGAGCAAUACCGGGUAUCAAAAGAUCUUGAUUGGUCUCUUGACUUGCGUAGUCCUGACUGUUAUAUACCUUUCAAAAAUUAUGAUGAGCAGGAUGAUAUGUCUUUUGAUUUCAAUGCUGACUCUGAUAGUUCGACUUCGGGUUCUAUUCUGAGAAAUGUUACUUUAUCUGAGGCACCUUCGCAGGAAGUGCAAACCUACGACCUUCUUGAUCCCAAAGAUUAUGUGGAUGAAACGGAUUUAAGAUCUAAAGACUUGGAUACAGAUCGUGAUUUAUUCGAAAACAUGGAACCUAUGCAAUCGAAGACUUUUCAACCAGGAUACUACGCAUUUCUUCUUCCUGUGGCAUACCCAAUAAAUACACCUGAAACUGCGUGUACAUCAUUGGGAUCGAUCAUGCACAGAUUUGAUAUGCAGUUACAAAAGCAACCUUUUCAGCCAUCUUUACAGGCUCCACCAACCACUCUCGCUUCUCCCAUUCAUCACUCAAAGUUUGAAGAUCCUUCGUAUACUUCGUCUGAACGCACCGAUCAGCACAUGCAGUUUAAGGUACUGCAACAGGGACAGGCCCCAAAGCAUACUGGACAUUCUUUCAUCAAGUCUUCGCUCUUAAAGAAGUUCUCUUUGCAUAGGCAGACAAGUACAAGAUCCAGGCAUUCUUCCAUUUCGAAUGGUGGUCUCCUAGGUAUCAAAUCGAAAAGCAGGUCCACUAGUGUGCUUGACUUCCAUUAUGAUUUACCAGUGAUUAGAUUGCCACCCUCGGAUGCCACAUCGACACUCAAUAAGUCGAUUUACGUGAACAAAGUUUGGAACGAUUCACUCAAUUAUGAGCUUCUCCUUCCGCGUAAGUAUAUCCAACUCUCGCCGACAUAUUCUGUUAAUGAUCAGUUUCUGAGACCACAUUCGUUCAUGCUUCAGAUGAAACUGAUCCCCUUAAUAAAAGGCCUUUGUUUGAAGAGAAUUAAAAUCAAUGUUGUGGAAAAAGCAACCUACGUAUCUCGGGACCAGAAGUACGAAGAGGAUGUGGGUGGAAUUGAUAAAUCUGGUGUUAAGGAGCGAGUCGUAACUUUGCUAGAAAUCAAAGCUCGUGAUAAGCCGUCGCAUUCGGAGUAUCCUCCAUUAUGUUCUCAGGUAGUCAAAGGUUGUAUCGAUGACAACCUUCUUACGUGUUGCUACAAUAAUACUGGCUUUGAUGAAACUCCGAAGCAUGGUAUUCUAUCUAAAUCAUUGGCAUUCAGCCGGACUUCUGGUCUUGCCGGCAGUAAUAAUGGCGAACCCUCUCUCAAGGUUUCUCCUGUUUCACAUCGUGAUAAGGGUGAUAUUAUCAUUACGAAUCCUGUGAAAAUCCAAUGCCCACUUCUGUUUAAUGCCAACGAUGAAUCGCAUUUUCUUAGAAAUGUUCAUAAGAAUCUUACGAAGGGCACAACAGAUUUGAGUGAAUUACGGGACUCUUCUGAUGUUCUUGAAGAUGACAUGAUGUCUAUAUUCUCCGUCAACACGCAGAAUCCUGCCCCUAAUAUUGAUGCCACCGUCGAUACAGAAGGCGCAAGUGCGACUGACGCAACUUCUUGGAUAUCUAAAUCCCCUACCCUAGGACCCAUGUUGUCACCGUCAAGGAAUAAGCGGGCAUUUUACGAUAUAGCAACAAGUGCUGAGAGCUUUUCUUCGAUUUCAGAUGCUCAGAAGAUUAGAAUUUUCACAUUUUCGCCUGAUAUUACCUUUCACAACAUCAAGAUACGCCAUAGAUUACAGGUAUGCUUUAGGAUCAGCAAGCCUGACCCUUCUAUCAGGACAGUAGACGGGCCAAAAAUGCAUCACUACGAAGUAAUUGUGGAUACACCGAUUGUUUUUGUUUCGCCAUUCUGUGUUUCAGAAACGACGGAACUCCCUUCGUAUGACGAUGCAGUGAAGUCGUCGACGUUUGACACUCAACUGGGCAAGCAGAAUUUUAUGUUUGCACAGGCUGAUACCACUGACUCUUCCAUGGAGCCUCAACUUCCUACAUUUGAAGAAGCUACUUUGAAACCUGGCUCUCCAAUGAUGACAGGGUAUACUACUGCGGCAUAUAAUUCUGCGGGUGCGAUUGAUUCGACUACUGUGGUGUCACAGUCACCGUUUUCUCCGUUAUGCAUAUCUCCGCAUUCACUUUCAGAUGACACUUACAAUAAUUUGGAUCUUUUGGUGGAUACAUUGGAUGAUCAAAAACAGCCGCAAAUGUCCAAUAAUGCCGUACCAUUUCCUUUGUCAGUGAGCGAUGAUUUAUUUGCAAAAAGGGCAAUUAGGAAACAGUCAAUUGUUGGCAGCAGUAAACUUUCUACUGCUGCUCAUCAUCAAAGUAUUGAAGGUGAUCGUUAUCGGUCGAUUGAUUCCGCUCUUGGUAGUAAUAGUAUUGACUACUUGCAUAAUCCUAGCCAGUCGUCCCUCACCUAUGAUGGAGAAGAACUUCCUUCCUACCAAUCGGUCAUUGAACAAGAUAUGUCAGAUGGACUAGAACAAAAAAUGAGCCUCCUCUCUGUCACUGGAAAUGACGAAACACCUGGUCAGAGCGAUAAUGAAAGCACGAGCACUGUGGAGGUGUACGACAGAACACAUAGGAGUCAUAUACUGUGA